CUGAUGCUUAAUGAUGGCGGAUAGUGCGAGUGAGAGCGACACGGACGGAGCCACCCCUCAGUGCUCCUCAUCCUCCCCAAUCCUCAUCUCUCCCUUCCGUCUAGAGGAGUUGACGAACCGCCUGGCCUCUCUACAGCAGGAGAACAAAGUCUUAAAGAUCGAGCUCGAGACGUUUAAACUGAAAUGUAAAGCGCUGCAGGAGGAGAACAGAGACUUGCGCAAAGCCAGUGUCACCAUGCAAGCAAGGGCAGAACAAGAAGAGGAGUUCAUCAGUAACACCUUGUUCAAGAAGAUUCAGGCCCUGCAGAAAGAGAAAGAAACACUAGCAGUCAACUAUGAGAACGAAGAGGAAUUCCUUACCAAUGAACUCUCACGAAAACUUAUGCAAUUACAACACGAGAAAGUCGAACUGGAGCAGCACUUAGAACAGGAGCAGGAGUUUCAAGUGAACAAACUGAUGAAGAAGAUCAAGAAACUGGAGAAUGACACAAUCUCCAAACAGCUCACCUUAGAACAGCUAAGUCGUGAAAAGAUUGACUUGGAAAACACUUUAGAGCAAGAACAAGAAGCUCUAGUGAAUCGUCUAUGGAAGCGCAUGGACAAACUGGAGGCAGAAAAAAGGAUUCUACAAGAAAAGCUUGACCAGCCUGUCUCUGCCCCUCCAUCCCCCAGGAACAUCUCUAUGGAGAUAGAGUCUCCUGAGAACAUGAUGCGACACAUCCAAUUCCUCAAGAGUGAGGUGGAGAAACUGAAGAAGAACCUGCGCACUGCAGAGCUACAUCAUACAGAAAAGAGGGCUCAAUACAUAGAAGAAGAGCGGCAUAUGCGUGAGGAGAACAUCAGGCUGCAGAGGAAACUCCAGAGGGAGGUGGAGCGCAGAGAGGCCCUGUGCCGGCAGCUGUCUGAGAGCGAGUCCAGCCUGGAGAUGGAUGACGAGAGGUAUUUUAAUGAGAUGUCUGCUCAAGGCCUGCGUCCUCGUACCGUAUCCAGCCCUAUUCCCUACAGCCCAUCACCGAGCUCCAGCAGACCCAUCUCACCAGGGUUGUCAUAUGCCAGUCACACAGUGGGCUUCACCCCUCCCACCACACUGACCCGAGCGGGCAUGUCUUACUACAACACGCCCGGCCUCCACGUCCAUGUAGGAGCUUCACAUGGCAUCGCAAGACCCUCCCCAAGAAGAAGCAAUAGUCCGGACAAAUUCAAGCGUCCUACACCCCCACCUUCCCCCAAUAUGCAGGCUGGCGUGCAGCCGCCACCACCUCUUCCACCUCUGGUGCAUCCAGUGUCAUCCCAAGCAGCUCUGUCACAACAACAACAGCUGCAGCAUUCCUCGCAGUCAUAGAUCAAUGAGCCAUCAGAGAGGAUUCAAACCAGAGCUGCUUUACUAAACCAACCCCCCUUGCUUGGAAUGAAGGCAUGCAUAGUUCAGAGGGUUGCUUCUGAGGGACAAGGAAAUGAACAUUACCCUAAGGAUGUAGCACAUUUUUGACAUGAGAAAGAGAAUUAAAGGGCUGGUUCACCCAUAAAGGAGCAUUCUGUCAUCAUUUACUCACACUCAUGUCAUCCCAAACCUUAUGACAAUGUAAACAUGCUCUAGAGUCUAGACCGAUUUCUUGGACUUUUUUUGUUUUUCAGUGUGUCGUGCAGGAGUGCCAUAUUUAAGACACCAUAACCAGUUAUAAGAACUUGUCUUGACACCUGCAUUCUGUUCCAUUUGUGUGCAGCUUGUUUUAGCAGAAGAAUGCAUACAGCCUAAAUGACCCUUAACUAACUUCCCUGGAACACAAAAUGGGAUGUUUUGAAGAAUGCUGAUGUUUUCAAAUACAAUGAAAGUGAAAGGUUACGGAGGCUGUCAGUCCCUUACAUUCUAAGAUCUCCUAUUGUGCUCCACACAGAGAGAGAGAGAGAAAGAAAGAAUCAUACAGGUCUUGAAUAACAUGAAGCGAGUAAAUAAUGACAGAAUUGUAAUUUUAUGAGUAAACUGUCCCUUUAAGAUUUCAGCAAGUACUUACAGCAUUGACAUCAGUCAAGCAUACAAUCUACAUCCAAAGCGAUCUCUUUGAAAUUGCUUGGUCAUAUAUGGACAAAAGAUUAUUUUGAGAAAAAGCAAAGUAAAAUGACUGUAAUCAUAUAUUUUCCAUAAAAAUGGACAGUUUAAAAAUGUCAACCAGAGCGGACUAGUAGGACAUCAGUGUUCCAGAUAGGAUUAUGUUCAAAGCAGCUAAUGGUCUUUCAUAGAUGACAGGAAACUCUGGCAUUGGCAGCCAUUUGCCUGAUGCCACUCCGGCAUUCACAUUUAAAUAAUAGAUUAGCAAGUGUCUCCAAAAGUGAGAAAGGAAACUUUCAAAUCAGACAGCCUGCUGAUACAGCAAUAUGUAUUUCAUACUGUUGUUAUGCAUUUACCUUGCCACAUAAAUUAUAUUCGGAAAGCAAGACCGCAAAAUAUAUUAAUUAUGCUCAUAUAGAAAUAUCUGGGCAUUGGCAUGACUUUGCAUAUAUAUAUAUAUAUAUAUAUAUAUAUAUAUAUAUAUAUAUAUAUAUAUCAAAUCAAUAGAAGAAAUACUACCAUAAUGUAUACCUGUAGCAAUUUACAUUUUUUUAAAUUAAACAAUCCACAUGAUAGUACGUUUGGAGCAUUGGGGGAAGAUUUUCUUCAAGUAAAAUAUAAUUUUUAUUUAUUUUUUUAACAGGACGUUUCUUGACGAGUAUUGUAAGAUUCAGGUGACUUGGGUGUAUGAGAACAUCUGCUCACUUUUAAGUAAGAUGACUUUGUCUUUUGUGGCUGCUGCAUAUGAACUUCGAUCCUCCUCCUGGGUCCUAAGAUUUUUUACAGCAAGACACUUUAGAUAGGAAAUGAAACCAUGUAGAUUAGAAAGAGACCCGUGUGUGUGUGUGUGUGUGUGUGUGUGUGUGUGUGCAGAGGAUCUGUCUUCAUUUCAUAUGUUCAGCUAAACAGUGUUUGGUACCACUGUGAUUGAUUUUCUUUUGGGGUUUUUUUUAUUCCAGAAUA